AGCCUUCUCCAGAAUCGCGACCUGGGAAAUGAUACCAUUGACUGUUUGCAGAGACUUUUCCUUAUUGUUUCAGCCACAAAAUAUGGCCGGAAGUGAGUGAGAGGACAUGUUAAGCCCUGUUAGGCAGUCACUGUAACGGGGUAUUGUCAAGAAUGUGUUUCAGCAUUCUAUAGAUCAGUACUACUACAGAUCUGCCCUACUUCCUUUGUGGAUUGCAUUUGCAGGGACCAGAAAUAGUUAAUAGCUUUUUUGUAUUUUAAUGUAUCUACCAGUAUGUCACUGUACCCAGGGGUUGGAUGGCAAAUUUGUAGAGCUGUUGCAGAAAGUACUGUGUUUGCCCAAGUGUCCUGAGCAGAUUCAGGCUCUGUGUGCUGCCAUCUUGAGAGAGAUGUCACCCAGCAAUUAUCUGAUCCUAUCCUGCGAUGAAAUCCAGGAUGCAAAGCUCUUGAGUCUAGUGUCCUCCAUCCUCUUGGCUCAGGGAAAUAAAAAGGCUGAGGUGUUAGCAGUGGGGCAGCGUGUUGUAAAAGUCCUGGAAGGGCGACUGCCUGAGGGUCACAGUUCACGGCACCUUCUUCCUCUACUCUCCAAAAUCAUCAGUCUAUCGCCAGCAAGCCUAACUGAAGAUCAGACCAAUCUGGUCAAUAAAAGGAUGGUGGACUGGCUGAGAUACGCAAGUGUUCAGCAAGGAGUUGCACAGCCCUCUGGAGGCUUCUUCUCCAAUCCCAGGGCAAGGCAGCCUGGCCCUAUCACAGAGGUGGAUGGUGCAGUUGCCACAGACUUCUUCACAGUGCUCUCAAUUGGUCAAUAUUACACAGAGGACCAGUGGCUCAACAUGCAGGCCUUUUCCAUGCUGCGCAAGUGGCUGCUGUGCUAUGGGAGCGAGGGGGCAAACAGCCCUAAUUCAGAUGACAAAUCAGAGGUAGAUGGGUCUAUCAUGUCCAUGGUCUCUGCUACCUCCACCUCCAGUCGCCUGCUUCCUCCAAAGGAGCGUUUAAGAGAGAAGGCUUUUGAAUACUGCCAGCGGCUUAUCGAGCAAAGCAACCGGCGGGCCCUGAAGAAACCAGAUGGGGACCUGCAAAAAGCCUGUCUCAUCGAGGCUGUCACUAUCAUGGAUAUUAUCUGCAGGCAGGACUCCUCCUAUGUGUACCGGACGCUCUCCUGCCUGAAGAUCUUGCAUGGCAGAAUCAGUGGGGACCUCGCUUAUGCCAGGGCACUGCUGCCUAUUGCUCAGUUCUUCCUGAACCACAGUGAGACAGCAGCGGUGGAUUCAGAGGCAGUUUACAAGCACUUGUUCACCAGGAUUCCUGCUCAGCUCUUCCACAGCCCAAUGCUGGCCUUUGAGUUUAUCCAGUUCUGCAGGGACAACGUCCAAUUCUUCACAGAGAACCUCAGCAUCUUCAGACGGAGCUUCCCAAACCUCUUCAAGCUCCUAGCAUGGAAUAGCCCAGCCUUGAUCUCUGAGUUCAUGGACCUUCUGCCAGCUCUGCUUGGUGCAGACACAGCCAUCGAGAUCUUUCACUUGCUGCUUGACCUGCCGUGUUUGGCGGCUGCUCUGGACAUCCAGCUGAGAUCUGCCUCUGCUCCCAUCUCGGAGAGAGCCACCUGGGAUCCUGCUGCCAAGCCAGCCAGCUGCCUGGAGGCCUUCCGCCACCCGCUCUACAGAAGCACCUUUCAGUAUCUCCUCCGGAUUGAGACCGCCCCCAGAGACUCCCCUGAGCGGUUGGCUCCUCUUCGCCAGCUGCUGGGGUCCAUGGCCAGCUGUCCCCGGGUUGUGCAGUGUGCAGACACCAUCCCUGUCUUACUGCGGCUCUACUUCCGUGUGGUGGCAGAGUUUGCAGACGGGCCUCUGAUAAACCAGCUGGUGUUGGUGCUGCUGGAGAGGAGUGAGCAGCUCUACGAGAUCCCGGCGUUUAAGGCCGAUGUCCAUAGAGUGCUGAGCUCCCAGCUGGUGCUUCUGUGUAAGCUGCACCCCUCCCUGGUAGUGGAACUGUCCAAGGAGCUUCUGGAGUUUUCAGGAACUGUCAGCAACAUCCGGAACAAAGAGGAUAUCUUCACCUACGUGGUCUGGGCUAUUGGAGAGUACAUGUCUGUCUCAUACGACAAAAGGUGCACCGUGGAGCAGAUCAACAAGUUCUUCGAAGCCCUGGAGGCCAUGCUGUUUGAAAUCACGCAACUCCGGCCCUCGGCCAGCAUCCCCAAGUAUUCGCCACGUGUCAUCACGGUUCUCAUGACGACGCUGACCAAACUGGCAUCACGCAGCCAAGAUUUGAUCCCCAGGAUGUCCCUGUUCCUGUCCAAGAUGAGAGCGUUUGUUCAGAGCCCGGCCAUGGCCUCGGUGUACAGCGAGGAAGACAAUGAGGAGAUCCUGACCCGGGCCGCUGAGCUGAUGAACCUGUUGAAAAUGCCCAGCGUGGCUCAGUUUGUGCUGACGCCAUCAGCGGAGGUUGCCAGCCCACGGUUUCACCGAGACACUAACGUGUCCCUGCCUCUCGCCAUGAAGACGGCCAGCCGGCUGUUAGAAAGGGGGACUGGCUUCGUGCCAGGGUGAGGUGCUGGCAGUUCUGAGUGUACGCUGCAGAGCUCUGACUGACGAGACCUGGCUGGCUCUGUGCUGUAUUUUGACUAACCUGCUGCUGCUGACUCUGCGUAACGGAACAUGGGGAAGGUGGAGGGAUGAGGCUGUGCUCCAAGCUGCACCUUCCUGGAAAUGGGCAAUAAAGGACGGCAAAGAGGAAUAACCAGAGCCGACCGUUUCUGUCUUCGAGCCUGACCAUGUGGUUUGUGUCUUUCCUCUCGUGGGUGGCUGUUCUGCCCUCGGCCCCUGCAGCAGGAAGUGUUUCCACUGACUCCUCUCGAU